AUGUGUGAGAUGAUCGGGAAAUAUGGACCUGGCUAUAGACCUCCAUCUUAUCAUGAUAUUAGAGAGAAGCUAUUGAAACAAGCAGUCCAGAAAACUGAUGAUAGUUUGCAAGAGUUUAGGGAUGAGUGGAAGAGAACUGGUUGUUCAAUAAUGUCUUAUGGGUGGACAGAUAAAAAAAGGCGUUCAAUUUGUAAUUUUUUGGUGAACAGCCCAAAAGGAACAAUAUUUCUGUAUUCCUUAGACACUUCUGACAUCUCAAAAACAACUGACAAAGUUUUUAAGAUGUUAGAUGAUGUUGUCAAAUUUGUUGGAGAAGAGAAUGUAGUUCAAGUGAUUACUGAUAAUGCUGCAAAUUUCAAAGCAGCAGGAGAAUUGUUGAUGCAUACUCGGCCGCAUUUGUAUUGGACUCCAUGUGCUGCCCAUUGCAUUGAUAUGAUACUCGAGGACUUGGAGAAACAUUUGAAGGUUCAUGAAGUUACUAUAAAGAAGGGAAGAAAUAUAACAACUUAUAUAUAUGGUAGAACAAUGCUUAUUAGCAUGCUCAAGAAGUACACAAAUGGUAGGGACUUGGUUAGACCAGGUAUGACUAGAUUUGCAACUGCUUACUUGACUUUAGCUUGUCUCCAUGAAAUGAAAGCAUCUUUGAUGAGGUUGUUCAGUUCUGAGGAGUGA